UAAAACGUCUGUCGUGGGGGGAAGGUGUCUGUCUGGGCUUGAUAUAUAUCUUCAUGUAAUCUUAUCAAGUUUCGCGCCAAAAUGAUCUUUUUUUUUUUAGUAUCGUGAUCAAAAGUAAUCUUUAUUAUCUUUUGUCGAUUUGAUCUAGGUUCUAAAGUCAGUGUGAUAUAUUAUUUAUGUAAUUAAAAAGUUGAAUAUUGUCAGUGUCUUUGAAGACGUAGUAUUGGGAUAAUUAACAAUGAAUAUGGAAAAUGAUUGGAUACGACGCAAGAUACGCAGUCACCAGAGGACCCCGUCAGGGUCGCGGGACUUCAAGGAGGCCACGAAACGUGACGCCCUCGCCAGGCUCCAAGUGGAGCUGGAGAGGCUCCUGUCCACCAUACCUGAGGGCAGGCGGCCGCUAGUGGAGAAGGAGUUCACUGGCUUCAAGAAUCUCUUCAGCAGAUUUCUCGCGGAGCAGGGUCCGUCAGUCUCAUGGGACAAGAUCCAGAAGCUUCCCGAGGGUGCGGUCAUAGACUACGGCUCUCUGGAAACGCCGACCACAGACAACGUUCACCACAUGCUGGACAAGCUGGUCGUGGUCAAGCUGAACGGCGGCCUGGGUACAUCUAUGGGCUGCAAGGGCCCCAAGUCCGUGAUACAAGUCAGGAACGAGCUGACUUUUUUGGAUUUGACAGUGCAGCAGAUUGAGCAUCUGAACAAAACCUACAAAUGCAACGUGCCACUAGUCCUGAUGAACUCCUUCAACACCAAUGAGGAUACGCAGAAGGUGAUCCGCAAGUACCAGGGUCUGAAGCUGGACAUCCACACAUUCAACCAAUCCUGUCACCCGCGGAUCAAUAGGGAGUCGUUACUUCCCGUAGCUAAGAAUGGGGAUGUUCAAGCUGAUAUUGAGGCAUGGUACCCACCCGGCCACGGCGACUUCUACGAGGCCUUCUACAACUCUGGUCUCCUCCAGAAGUUCAUCAAAGAGGGCCGCACAUACUGUUUCAUCAGCAACAUCGACAAUCUCGGAGCCACCGUUGACCUGAACAUCCUGAACCUGCUCCUCAAUCCCAACCAACAAAGCACCACAGAAUUCGUAAUGGAAGUCACGGACAAAACCAGAGCGGACGUUAAAGGAGGCACUCUCAUACAAUACGAAGACAAAUUGAGACUGCUCGAAAUAGCUCAAGUGCCAAAAGAGCACGUGGACGAUUUCAAAUCAGUCAGUCAGUUCAAAUUCUUCAACACGAACAAUCUGUGGGCGAAACUCGACGCUAUACAACGCGUAGUCGACCAAGGAUCGUUGAACAUGGAAAUCAUAGUGAAUAAUAAACAUUUAGCGGAUGGUCUGAACGUAAUUCAGUUGGAGACCGCCGUAGGCGCAGCCAUGAAGUGUUUCGACGGCGGUAUAGGUGUUAAUGUGCCGCGCAGUCGUUUUUUGCCAGUGAAAAAAACGUCGGAUUUGUUACUGGUGAUGUCGAAUUUGUACAGUUUGUCGCACGGUUCGUUGGUUAUGUCCGAGCAGAGGAUGUUUCCGACGACGCCUCUGGUGAAAUUGGGCGAUAAUCAUUUCGCCAAAGUGAAGGAGUUUCUCAAUAGGUUCGCCGCUAUACCGGAUCUGAUAGAGUUGGACCAUUUGACUGUGUCCGGCGAUGUGACGUUUGGCAGGGGAGUGGCUUUGAAGGGCACAGUGAUCAUAAUCGCGAAUCACGGAGACCGUAUCGACAUACCUUCGGGCGCUAUUCUCGAGAACAAGAUUGUGUCAGGAAAUUUACGCAUUUUGGACCACUAGGCCGAAAGAGGGUGUUGUUGUAAGCACAACGUAAUGAUGAUUUACACGUUAGGUUAUUAGCCGGCCUCUAGUUAAUGAUAGCAUUAUUCUAAUAUUAUAAAUGCGAGUGCAAGUUUUGUAAAUGCCUUUUACCCCCUGGCUUUAGUCCCGGUUGCAUCCUCACCGCUCUGGAGAGGAGCCCGGGGUGCGCCUUUGACCAUGGAUCCUGGAUUGGGUGAGUCAGGUUUUAACACGAAGCGACUCCCGUCUGACCUCCGCAACCUUUGCAGGGGAACCUUACCCGUAUUGGAUCGAUCAUGGUUACACAUCCAGUUGCCUGAAUGUGCAGGUUUCCUCACGAUGUUUCCCCUCACCGUAAGAGCAUCGGUUAGUAUUCAAACUAAUGUAUACAUAACUGGAGUCAUUGGUACAUGGCCGAAGUGGGAUUCGAACCUGUUCCUUUCUGCGCAUCACGCAUUUUAACCGGGCAUCUUACCGAUUCGAAAUUAUAAGUUUUAAAAGUUGUGUAAUGUUCGUUAAUAAUUUUCUGAACGGAUUUAGAAAAAAAACUUUAUAGUAGCAUAUAUUUUACUGAUGUAAUAAUAUGAAGGCUUACUUUACGACGAGAAAAUUCGCAGGCCGAUGUUUUCUUGUUCCUAUUGUUAUUUUAUAUACGCCAUUUUUAUUUAUAUAAAUCAAUUUUAGUAUGUAU